GAACCGCGAGCGCCCGCGCGAUUGCCUCCCGCGAACGCUCGCAUAGGCCCUGAACGGACACGAGCGCUCGGUGACAACAAACAAAAUGGCGGCGCAACUGGAAGAAGAGUGUGUGUUGGAAGUAGCAAUAAGCGAACUAUCUGAACCGAUGGAUACAUCAUUUAGGAACACAACGCUGUGAUGAGACAUGAGAAGCUCCUGGGAACCAACCGUAUUGAAAUUUACGUAGAAGAAACGGUGCCCCGCUACAGCGAUCCUCUGUUUCGAGCCCACUUCAGGAUGACGAGAGCAUCCUUUCAGGACUUGCUGGAACUCAUUGGACCGCACACUGAAGUCAAAAACAUCAGUCUGGAGAGGAGAACGCUGGCUUGCCUCUGGUAUGUCAGCAAUCAAGAGACCUUCCGAAAUGUCGUGGAUCGUUUUGGCAUGAGCAAGGGUUCCUUACGGUACUACCUGAUGAACUUCUGUAGGACAAUGACCAGUGAAGAUAUUCUACCCAGGCAAAUUACAUGGCCUCGGAAAGAGGAAUAUAGAGCCAUUGCUGAACAGAAUGCUGUAAAAUAUGGAUUUCCUGGAGCCAUUGGUUGUCUUGAUGGAACAUACAUUCCCAUUCCAGGACCUCGUGAUUUCAGAGACUCCUACAUAUGCAGAAAAGGAUUUCCCGCAUUUCAUUUACAGGGUGUGUGUGACAACAAACUCAAAUUUUUGGAUGUAUUUGCUGCAUAUCCUGGAUCUGUACACGACUCUCGUGUAUUCAAAAACUCUCCAAUAGCAAAUUUAUUGGCGAAUGAACCAUUACCCGAGGAGUAUCACCUUCUUGGUGAUUCUGCAUAUGCCUUGUUAACUUAUUUGCUUGUGCCGUAUAGGGACAACGGCCACCUGACUGCCGACGAGAAGAGGUACAAUUCAGUUCACAGCUCAACAAGAGUCGAUAUCGAACGGUGUUUCGGACUACUGAAGGGCAGAUUUCGCAAACUGAAAUAUUUGGACAUGAGGAACGUCCGAGAAAUCCCAUUAGUCAUUGUGACAUGCUGUGUCCUGCAUAACUUUGUCAUCAACAGGGAGUCAUUUGUGGAUGAGGACAUUGAUGUGGAUGGGACGGACACUGAGGGCACAACAGGAACUUCACCCAGUGAGCACCAGUCGGGUGUGAACAAAAGACAAUAGAUAACGCAACUGCUGUCAUAGACUGAUAAUGUCCACAGCAGAUGGAAAAGACACGUGUACAUUUAGAAGUUUUUGUGUGAAAGACAUAACGAUGGCCACUGAAUGUCCAUGCAUGACGAGUACUGAUUACUUUAAAUGUCAAAAUGAAUAAAAGAAUGACUGAACAAGGUACAUGUGCAAUGAUGA